UAACGAGCCUCUAAAAUCAAACAGAGCCUAGUCGCAAUCGCAGGCGGUGCUCGCGAGCACACAAAACUUUUGCAAAAGUCAUAUACAUGCGUUUUAUUCGCCAUUCACUGUCUGCGAGCUCUUGCUCUCGCGAUCGUUAAAGUAUCGAGGCCCUCUUGGAUCUCUUGCGCGAUCGUUGCCUAUGCAUGUACGCCGUGUCGCAAGCGAGCCGGCUUGACUUUUGACCAUGAAUGACAUUACACAGCGGGAGUGUAACUCGCGCUCGCUCGCAUAACGAAAGCUAAUGGGCAGCCGUUAAAAUCCGAUCUCUCUCGCGGGCGCUCUCAUUGUGUGGCUCGACUCGUUCUCCGUGAAUUCAGCUAUCGCUCUCGCGGGCGCGAUCGCACGGUAGGGCUGUUGAAAUUCUCUCGACGGCGAGCGCCCGUUGCGCCGCGCGGAUUUCGGAAGUGAGCGAUACGUCGCGAAUCGCGACGCUUUCCCUCGCGCUGUCCCUCGAGCUGCGCCGCCGUUAUGAGCUGAAAAUCGUACGGUUCGUGGUUUCUCCGCGGGGAAGGCUUUUGCCGCCUCGUGCUUCGUAUCGAAGGCACUCGCACGCCGUUUAACAACAAUUUUUGCGAACGCACGAGCGUCGUCUGUCUGUGCGUUGCGAGGAUUUAUGGUUGCGGGCGAUUACUCCGAUCAUUAAAAAUGUCGAACGCGAUUCAACGUGAUUUAAGAAAACAUUCAUAUGAGAUUUAAUUAUACCUAUCUCUAGAAAUACGUUUCAUUUGAUCUACAGCCUAACCACGAGAAAUGGUUCGCUUCGCACUUUCGCACAGAACAUUCCCACCCACACUUCCCUGCCGCUUAUCAGUGAUUAUAUUGCAGUAGCAAUAAAAAGGCCAUUUAUGUAACUAAUCGUUUAGCGAUCCCAAAUAAAUCGGCAAUCCGCAAGCUCUCCCUCGCUCUUAGUCCGUUUCGAAUAUAACACUCCAAAGCACGCGCGAUCGAAAUCUCGCGAACACGCUAGUUUGUGGGUGCACAAUAGCGCGCGCAUUGAGCAAUCGGAGAAAGAAAAAAAAUCCGAUUUCUUGCUACAUAGCAAUUGCACGAAAAUGCAUCGACGGUUUUCUUUUUUCGUAGACACACGCGCGCGCGCGACAAAAAAAAAUAAGCAGCUGCACGACGUUGACACAGAUACCGGCCCUCGCCAUUGUGAUAAGCGGCACACAACGAUCGCGAGCCAAUUGGCGAUUGUCGUCGUGUGAUCGUUGCCCAUUUAUGAUAGUGAUCCCUCGUACAUUUUGCCCAUAGAUAGUUUGCAGCUUCGCAACCGGGAUCGGAAAGAGGCUCGUCUUUGUCUGUAUACAUGCCAUGGCGAGCCGCGCGAUUCCCAAAUAAAUUAGAUCGCACAGGGUCGUUAAGCGCUGGCCAUUGUGAAGCCGCCGUGCGCGCUCGUUUUCCGCGCGUAGGUACGUCGCGUCGUUUUAAUCGGAACAAAUUAAUUACCCGAGCGGCUUUCAUUGUCGCGCGCGCGCUCAUUGUUCUUCGGGAUUCGACAGCGCGGCAUCUGAGUUCAGCGUGUGCGACUUUCCAAGCGCAUCGCCGCGCCGCCGACCGACCAUCGUUAACCCCGUGUGCGCCAAGGGAAAUUUCCCGCGGAUAUUGUCGUUCGACGGCGCAAAGCCGAGGCUCGUCGGCGUCGGGCGCGUUACACGAACGCCCGGUGCGCUUCGAGCGUGCAAUAACGGGCGGGUAGCUCCGACGGAGCCUGCCAAUUUCUGCCCUUUUGUCUCGCGCUCGGCUGCGCCGUGUAGCGUCAUUGUCUCUCGUAACGCGGGUUUAGCGACGCACGACCUCUCGUCCCGCACGAGGUGCCCGCGCGGAUUGUUUACUCCAAUUUUGCGGGCGUUGCGACGCUACGAAGACGUUCGUUUCACGGCACCGGGCUCGGCUAUCUCCGCGCGAUCUGAUCGCCGUGCUUUUUUCCUUAUGUCGCUCCGCGACUCGUCUCACCUUUCAUCCGCGCCGAUUACGAAGUUCUCAUUAACGAUUGUCUUCUUUUUUCUCGGCUAUUAAAGUGAUGAAAAAUCAAGGCGCGCGCACCCGUCGAGUUGUUUUUAUUGGCUGGUAUUGCAAUUUUAUCAACUGCCUUCUCUUAGCACACAAUAGGCUCCGCAGUUGAUUUUUUCCGUUCAGUCGAUCACAAAGGGUAUGUCGAUCGAUUUUAUACGGCACAUGCAUACCUACAUACUUAUAAAUACCGGGCAUUUGCCAUUCGCGGGGCUCUUUUCUUUUAACUUGGCCUAAUCUCUUCUGCGUACGAAAACACACACCGGGAUACGUCGACCAUGGGCGCGUGAAAAUUAAACUGCCAGUCUGGCGUCUGAGAUACAAUCGUGUUAUCAAUAGUAAGAGAAAUCGAUUGAAUACAACGUCAUCGUCUCUUUAUGUAUUAGCAUUGUAAUAGCACAGUCGUACACGUCGUAAUGAUAGACGCGCGAGGUCUAAAAGCAUCGUUAUUACGGCAAAAUGGUAUUAUUAAACCGCGUGUUUGCAUUGCGUCCAUCCAUCGUGUUACUCCACAUUUAAUUUUUCACGCAUCGCCGAUGACACAAUCCUUUAUUGUUCCCUCUGUCUUCAUUUCGAUUUCCGCUUUUUAUUUUCUCCUAUUACCCUUCAAGUGUGCACUCAUUUUCUCUGCCUUUGUCUAAUAUCUUUGUGGUUUACUACUGACCGCCUCCGCGAUAUUUCUUUUCGCAUUUGUCAGCAGACUUUAUCGUCGAUGAACAUCGUUAAUUCGGUAUAUUUGAAUCUCGUCGAAAAAUUCAAAUUGAAAAAGAAAACAAGAAAAGAAAGAAGGAAAGAAAAAGGUCCGUUCGCUAAUCGACCGAUAAAUUCGCUGCUAAAACGGGGCAAUUACAACACUUUGAAAUCGUUAGAUCGCGUAAGACACAGAGCGCGCUCUCGGGAUAUAUCUUACAAUUGCUCGUCGUAUAUGUGUGUGUGUGUGUGUUCGCCGACGAUCCAUCCAUCGUUGCGCUCGGUCGGCUCUCGCGCUCCCCCACAAACGUAUCUCUCUCGCGCACACAGACGCGCGUAGAGACAGGUUCCCCGCGACCCGUCGAGCGACUCUCGCGCGGUCGAGCGAGCGAGCGUUUUCCCCCCUCGCUGCGAAGCCAAGAGCCGUAGCCGUGUACCUGUGCGCGCCGCGAGACCGGUGGUGCGGAUCACGUGGUCGCCGCCGCCACCACCGCCGCCGCUCUCCGCGCCGCCCAAGGAUCUCCGCGACCGUAGCGCGGAGUUCAGUGAGUCCGAGUUCGCGUCCGCGAGUGCUUUUACCGCGGCUCUUACGCUCGCGCGCCCACAAAGAAGCGACGCCGCCGGCGCAGCAUUGUUCUCCGGUAGCGGCCGACCGGUGCGCGCGCGCGCGCACUCUCUCGGGAACACGACCAGUCGCCCUUUGCCGCUGCCGAGCUAUUCGCGAGCGCGCACCUCGCGGUCGACGUCGCUCCGGCGAGGCUCGCGCGCGCCGAGGGCCGCGAUGCGCGACACGUGCAUCAAGGCGGCCGGGCACCAGCGACGACCAUCGCGACGACGACGACAUGCGACUCCCUGAGCAGCGUUUCGCAGAGCGACGCGCAUUCCGGCGCGGCGGCGACUCGAUAGCGCUGCCGCGAGAGAGUUGAGAGCCAAGGAGGCGAGGGAAUAAAAGCUCGCGCGGGCGAAUCGCCGACUGCCGAGCGCCGCCACGGACCGUCGCACGGACUCAAGGCUUUUGCGUAAUCCAGCCGAAAGAGCUGACAACCGGUUCCUCCGCUGCCGCAGUCCAUUAUCCCGUCGAUGCUAUCAAUUGUGCGGCGUCGUCGUCUCCCUGUCGGCCGCCCGUUCACGAAGCGGCGGGAAAUCUUGGACCGCAAAAAGUUGGCUGCACCGUACAGUUGAGAAUCGGGAGUGUUGCCGUGUAUGUGUGCUGCAAGAGAAGAGAGAUCUGCGCACAGGAGCCGCCGCCGCCGCCGCCGCCGCUGCAUCUUGAAAAAGUCACGCUCGACACACAUAUAAACGCGUACACCGAGAGAGCACAGCUCUGGGCUUUCGCGACUCGAAUGCGAAAAUAAUAGCCGAAAAACGUGCGCGGGCCCGAUUUCUCUCUCGCGAAAAAGUGGGUGCAGGAGGUGACCUCGUUUACACGCGAAACACGCGCGCGCGCGCGAGCGCUAAUAACGUCGAGCGCAGAAUGACGGCGAUCAGGUGAUCAGGCGAGAAGGUAAAAGCGAGGCAAGCUGACGAAGCAACGGGGCAGCAUGCAGCUGGCGGCGUCAGUGCAGCGGGCCCACCCGCCACCGGUGCCGCCGCGGCCCAGUCGCCAGGUCGUCGCCGAGGCACUGAAAAAGUCGCCGCGACCGCCGUGCCCAACGCGCCAAGCGCCGCCGCCGCCCAACCAACGGCCUUGGAGGUCCGACGAGCAGCCGCAAUGCCAGACGACACAGGAUGGCGGCAGGACGAUCGUGUACGACUCGGCGCAUCUGCAGGCCAGGAGCAACGGCAAGUUGGCGCCAAGUGUCGAGAGAAGGCAGCAGCUUCCGGCGAACGGUAAGGUCGUUGGACUGGCGAACGGCAAAGCACCGAGGAUCGAGGAUACAUCUAGGAGAAAACACGAAGCACCAGCGUCGCCCACGAAUCACAACAACAACAACAACAACAACAAUAACAACAACAACAGCAGCAGCAGCAGUAGCAGCAGCAGCAGCAGCAGCAAUAUAAAUAACAACGACGAGGAAGACGACGAGGUGCAGCUGGAGAAAGGAAACGCGGAGCGAAGUGGUCGUAAGAAAAAUGUGACUUUCGUCGAGACCAGAACAACGACAACGCGAUCGAGCGCAGAAGACAGCAAGGCAACGGCGAACAAAGAGAAUUGCGCUACGGUCGUGGUGAUCGACGAAUUGGAGGGCUCGCGCGUGGCCAAAGACGAGUCGCCGGACAACAUACAAAGGCUGGAUUGGCUGGAAGCUGGCGUGCGUUAUUCCGCGACCAAGAUCACCCUGCCGGCCGAAGAAAGCGCCAGUGCUUGCGCUGCUACUAGCAGCAAGCAACAAGAGAUGCUGGACGAAGAAGAAGAGGAGGAGGAAGAAGAAGUUGGCGAAGGGAGGGAGGGGAGCAACGCCGAGUUCGCUGACCUCGACUUUUCCAGCAUAAUCGAGAGGAUAGCGAUGUCGUCGCUGCAAGGACUGCCACCGCUGCCGCGCAGCUUGAGCGGCUUCAACUUGAACGGGGCUGGCUUGGAGCCGCCGCCUCCGCCGCCCGCAAGAUCGACGAGCAAGGCGUCGCAGAGGAGCGUGAAGACGCCGAGUUCGACCACCUCGUUGUCCAGCCAAGGCUCCAGGCCUUCGCCUCAGGGUAGGCAGCUGACUACUCUCGAUACGCAGCUGGCUAUACUCAGGAGAGAAAUGUUCGGACUGCGACAACUGGAUCUAUCGCUGCUGUCGCAACUGUGGUCGCUAAACGAAUCGAUCCAGGAGUUCCGCCAGCUGCUGCAAGAGCAAGAGGACCGCGUGCCGUCGCCGUCGCCGAGCAGCGAGGAAGGCGACGACACAUCUUACAGCGGACAACCGCCGCCGCCACCGAGGCGACCGCCGGCUCAUCAUCGCCACCAUCAUCGCCUCGCCAGAAGCUCGAAACUGCCGCCCAGCGACGAGUCGCCGUCCAGCGAGGAAUACGGCGCCGUAUGAGAAACGGUCAUCUAAUCGUCCGGCGAUGCACUCCCCCGGCGAUUGGACAGUCUCGUCAUACAUACUGCGAGUGCUCUCGUUUCAAUAGUGCUGUUAGUUAGAGUCGAACGCCACAUACAAGCAGAUUUCUAUUUUUUUUAAUGUACGUGAUAACGACGGACGCUCGCAUUUAGUGAAUUGCUUAGCUGUACGUUAGAUGAGCGAUCGGUAAUAAUAGCAAUCUAAUAGAUUCUCUUGCGUUCAAAGAAGCGAUGAACGUCGCGGAAUGCUGCAGCGCUGGAAUUCAAUUAUAAUUCUCUCACCGUUCCGCGAAUCGCUGACAUUUGCAUAAUUCGAGAAAUGCUACUCAAAUAUUUGAGCAGCUCGUCUUUUUCUUUUUUUUUCGUUCUAGUAAAGUUGAUAUGAAUUGUUACAACAAGAAUUCCUUUUUUCAAAGAUCGCGUUUAUACAUUGUAAAACCUUUCCACAUUGUACUCCUCGUAGUUUGUAAAAUGUCAUCGAUACUGUAAUUAAUGAAAAAUAAUGCGUGCGACACAGCGAUGAAAGUUCUCGCUUGCUAUCUUGCUUUUCGAGCUAAGCUUUUAAAAUAACAGUUAGUGCAUAUGGUUCGAAGAUUAGUCUUCUAUAUGUCCUCGAUAGUGCCGAAUUUCGUUGUAAUGGCUAGUGAAUUCCAAAGGAGUGCUUUCUUAAAAUUCUUUAUAGUCUAUAUACAUUGAAAUAUUAUCUGAAAUUUUAUUUGAAGGACAAUAGAUCAGCGAAUUGAAAAAAAGCAACGACCGUAAGUUAUUUAUUGAAAUCCGCUUUACCGAGUAAAUGAAAUAAAAUGGCAUUUUCCACAAAUCGAAUAAAAAAACCGACGCAUUUUUUAUUUUUCACAUUAAAGUGUAAGGUGUCUCAUUUUUUCAAACAAUCAAAACUGACAAAAUAAACUAAUAUCUACUUUUUACGCGUAAUAAAAUAAUCGUGUCGAUUGUAUGCUCAACUUGUUCACUUGUAUAUGUCAUUUUAUUACACUAACCGGUCGAUUUCAUCAGUGAUCGUUUUAGGGGAAAUGUCCUUUAAAAAAAUAUUUCUUCGGUAUAUCCUAUCACGAUUGAGCUGUAUCAUAAGAAAAGUACGCUCAAAAAAUGUUUCCUACAAGUUAAGAUGCGCUAAAAGCAAAACAAAUGAAUUUGGCAUCGUUUAUCCAAGAACUGAAUAAUAUUAAAAGCAAUUUUUUUAAUAAAUUCAAUCAAACUGGCCAGAUUGAAUGAUUAUUGUAAAAAAACAUGGUAUAUAUAAAGUUCUUUAAAGAACCGCAACAAAUAAAAUACUAUACAUCAAGAAAAAAGUUGUUGAAUAACAUUGUACCCUGUAUGAUUAAAUAUGAAACAAAAUUAAACGGAUGUUAAAACACAUUGCAAGAAGCUACAUUGGAGAACCGAAUACUCUUAUAAAAUUAAAAAUUUUAUACUUUUAUUAAAUUAUUCAUUCCUCGAGUUCAUUUGAAAAAGGAUAAAUUAUUCAGUUUUUGUAAAAAAAUCGAAAUAGAAUGAAAAUAAGUAAUGCUGUUUGGAUGUCGGUAAUUAGGUAUUCUUAUAUAUAUUUCAUAUCUUCGUGAGAUUCCAUCAUCCUCUAAAUCACAUUUUCAUUUACAUAUAUAAUAGAAUUAACUUGGGUUAAGUAUUACGAAGUUCAUCAUGAUAUUUUGAGCUCAUUUUGAAAGGAUGAAGGAGAAUGAAGGAACUCAGUGGGAAAUCGACGAAUGUAGUCCCGGAAAAAUGAUCGAAAAACUACGCGAGAUAGGCAAGGAUUGUAAUAAUUCCACGCAAUUCAGUUUUUCUUAAUAAAAAAAAUUUCCAACC